AUUGGGCGAGACGCGUUCUUAGGAAUGUCAUGAAACUAUUUAAAUAGUACUUUGUCCCCUGGCUUUACAGUUAGGUUCUUAGACAGAUACCAGAGAGAAGAUUUGCCGUUCAAUUAAAGCAACACAAGAAACGUACUUUCUGCAUCUUAUAUCGGACUCCUUUCCAUUAAAAAUUAACAAGAAAUUGUUUUUAUCUUGUGGAUUAUUAUUGGAUUUCCAUUUUUAUUUGGAUUUGACUGUUUUUCUCUGCUGUUUUCAUUCAACAGAGAAAAACCAGAGUUUCACCAUGAAGUUGACAGGAAUAUUUCUGCUGUUGAUGCUUUUGACCUGCGAGAGCGUACGAGUUGCAGAGAACCGAGACGACAAUAGCGUGUACGACCUGUUCGAGCUGGUCCAAGUCUCCAAGAAGAACCACGGAGUGACCCUAGUGAAGGGCGACGACCCAUACAGUCCCGCCUACAAGAUCCUCAACCCGGACCUGAUCCCCGAGCUCCCCGAGAGCUCCUUCAGGGACCUCAUCGAUUCCAUCCAUGCCGAGAGGGGCUUCCUCCUCCUGCUUAACUUCAAGCAGUUUAAGCGGACCAGGGGCUCCCUCUUGACCGUGGAGAAGCGGGACGGGUCCGGAGCCGUGUUCGAGAUAGUCUCGAAUGGAAAAGCGAACACCCUGGAUGUGGUUUUCUCCACCGUUAAUAAGCAACAGGUGGUCUCGAUAGAAGAUGUGGACUUGGCGACGGGCCACUGGAAGAAUAUUACGCUGUUCGUGCAGGAGGACCGGGCGCAGCUGUAUGUUGGCUGUGAGGAGGUGAACACGGCGGAACUGGACGCUCCCAUCCAGAGCAUCCUCACUCAGGAAACUCCCGCCACAGCGCGCCUCAGGAUUGGGAAGGGAGCGGUGAAGGACCGGUUCAUGGGGGUGCUCCAAAACGUGCGCUUUGUCUUUGGAACAACUUUGGACGCGAUUCUGCGCAACAAGGGAUGCCAAAACUCUGUUCUGACUGAUGGGAUCGUCCUUAUCGACGACACCAUCAAUGGGUCCAGCCCUGCCAUUAGGACGGACUACACUGGCCACAAAACUAAAGACCUGCAGAUGAUCUGUGGGUUCUCCUGCGAGGACCUGGCUGGCAUGUUCAAGGAACUGAAGGGUCUGGGAGUGGUGGUGAAGGAGCUGUCCAAUGAGCUGCGCAAAGUGACGGAUGAGAACAAGUUGUUGAUGAACAGAGUGGGGAUCCACAGUGGAGUCUGUCUGCACAACGGCAUCGUCCACAAGAACAAGGCCGAGUGGACCGUCGACGACUGUACCGAGUGCACUUGUCAAAACUCUGCCACCGUGUGCCGUAAGAUAUCCUGCCCCCUGAUCCCUUGUGCCAACGCCACCGUGCCCGAUGGAGAGUGCUGCCCACGCUGUGGAACACCGAGUGACUAUGCGGAGGAUGGAUGGUCCCUGUGGUCUGAAUGGACCCACUGUUCCGUGUCUUGUGGGCGGGGAAUUCAGCAGAGAGGCCGCUCCUGCGACCGCAUCAACAACAACUGCGAGGGAACCUCCGUCCAAACCAGGGACUGCUACCUUCAGGAGUGUGACAAACGCUUCAAGCAGGACGGUGCCUGGAGCCACUGGUCCCCCUGGUCUUCCUGCUCGGUCACCUGUGGGGCGGGUGUCAUCACCCGUAUCCGCCUCUGCAACUCCCCCACACCCCAGCUAGAAGGCAAGGACUGCCAAGGAGAGGGAAGACAGACUGAGAAGUGCACCAAGUCACCCUGCCCAAUCAACGGUAACUGGGGACCCUGGUCGCUAUGGGAUACCUGCUCUGCCACCUGUGGGGGAGGAGCUCAGACACGUAAACGUCUCUGCAACGACCCCGCCCCUAAAUAUGGUGGUAAGGAGUGCCAGGGUGACCCCAAGGCCACUCAGCUGUGCAACAAGAACACCUGUCCCAUCGAUGGCUGUCUGUCCAACCCUUGCUUCCCUGGGACCAAGUGCACCAGCUUCCCUGAUGGAACAUGGAGGUGUGGAAAAUGCCCCUCUGCUUACUCUGGUGACGGCAUCAAGUGCAAUGACAUUGAUGAGUGCAAAGAGGUUCCUGGCGCUUGCUUCGUAUUCAAUGGAGUACACCGCUGUGAGAACACUGACCCUGGCUAUAACUGCCUGCCCUGUCCCUCACGAUACUCUGGACCUCAGCCCUUCGGCAGGGGAGUGGAGGAAGCCACCGCCAAGAAACAGGUGUGUACACCACGUAACCCCUGCCUGGAUGGGAGCCACGACUGCAACAAGAACGCCCGCUGUAACUACCUGGGACACUUUGCCGACCCCAUGUACCGCUGUGAGUGUAAGCCUGGCUAUGCUGGAAACGGACACAUCUGUGGUGAGGACACGGACCUGGACGGAUGGCCCAACCAAGACCUGGUCUGUGUGGAGAACGCCACCUACCACUGCAAAAAGGACAACUGCCCCAACCUUCCCAACUCAGGCCAAGAAGACUACGACAAGGAUGGUGUUGGUGACGCUUGUGACAACGAUGAUGAUAAUGAUGGUAUUGCUGAUGACAGGGAUAACUGUCCGUUCGUGUACAACCCCAGGCAAUAUGACUAUGACAGAGAUGAUAUUGGAGAUCGUUGUGAUAACUGUCCCUACAACAGCAACCCUGACCAGACCGACACAGACAACAACGGGGAAGGAGACGCCUGCUCUGUGGACAUUGAUGGAGAUGGCAUUCUGAAUGAGAAAGACAACUGUCCGUACGUCUACAACGUGGACCAGAGAGACACUGACCUGGAUGGUGUGGGAGACAUGUGUGACAACUGUCCGCUGGAACACAACCCUGACCAGGUUGACUCUGAUGACGACCGUGUGGGAGAUAAGUGUGACAGCAACCAGGACAUCGAUGAAGACGGCCACCAGAACAACCUGGACAACUGCCCCUACAUCCCCAACGCUAACCAGGCCGACCACGACAAAGACGGAAAAGGAGAUGCCUGCGACCACGAUGAUGACAAUGACGGGAUCCCAGAUGAGAAAGAUAACUGCAGACUGGCCUUCAACCCUGACCAGAUCGACUCCGAUGGUGAUGGUCGAGGAGAUGCUUGCAAAGACGACUUUGACCAAGACAAUGUGCCUGACAUCUACGACGUGUGUCCGGAGAACUUUGACAUCAGCGAGACGGACUUCAGGAAGUUCCAGAUGGUUCCUCUGGACCCCAAGGGAACGUCCCAGAUCGACCCCAACUGGGUGGUCAGACAUCAGGGCAAAGAGCUGGUCCAGACCGUCAACUGUGACCCUGGCAUUGCUGUUGGUUUUGAUGAGUUCAACUCUGUGGACUUCAGUGGUACCUUCUUCAUCAACACAGAGAGAGAUGAUGACUACGCCGGCUUUGUGUUCGGCUACCAGUCUAGCUCCAGGUUCUACGUGGUGAUGUGGAAGCAGAUCACACAGACCUACUGGAACAACAAACCCACCAAAGCUCAGGGAUACUCAGGACUGUCCAUCAAAGUGGUCAACUCCACUACUGGACCUGGUGAGCACCUCAGGAAUGCUCUCUGGCACACUGGUAACACCCCAGGACAGGUGAAGACUCUUUGGCACGACCCUAAGAAAAUUGGCUGGAAAGACUUCACAGCCUACAGAUGGCACCUGAUCCACAGACCAAGAACAGGACACAUCAGAGUGGUCAUGUACGAGGGGAAGAAGAUCAUGGCUGAUUCUGGGAGCAUAUAUGACAAGACGUACGCAGGCGGAAGACUAGGCCUCUUUGUCUUCUCACAAGAGAUGGUAUACUUCUCAGACCUCAAGUAUGAAUGCAGAGAUGCAUAAUUGCACGGAGCAAGAAGCUCUUGGAACAAUGCACCUUUCUGUAUAAAUAUGAACAAUAUGUAUUCAGAUGAAAAGUCCAGGGAUUGUUUUUUUCUGCUCCUCUUUCUUCUGCGGCACGCACACUGGUGGGACCGAGGGGUAGGGCCUGGUGUGGUCAGCCUCAGGGUAAAUUAACACUGGUUGGACAGAGAACCAUUUGCUUUGCCUGAACGGGAGACCGACCAAUGUUACCAACCAACGUUACCAACCAACGACACCGACCGGCCGAUAUCUCUCUGAUCUUAAAGACCUCAUUCAGCUCUGCGCAGGAGAGGCUCCCCAUAGUCGACUAUGCACUUCCAAACCUUUACAUCUCUCUCUCUCUCUCUCUCUCUCUCUCUCUCUUUCUAUCCAUCUCUCUUUUUCUGGAAUGGACGUCCCAAAGAAAGACUAUGUGAUGUUCUGUUUAUAAAAAACAGAUCUACCAGGAUGUAGAUUCUGAACGAUACGACUCUGAGGAAGUGUUUUUUUUGGCUCAGAGGAGGAAGAAAGCAGUAAGACUUUUUUCACUUUAAGUUUUGUAAGGAAAGGGCUUGUGGCCAUUGAAAGUCAGCUGCGUAACAACAAGAUAUGGAGGGACGGUAAACUUUGUGUGGAUGUAUGUACGUUUAUGUGUUUAAAUAAGAAGAAAGUGCUUGCUUUUACCCUUCUAUAUGCGUACCCUUAGAGAAAAGUGUUUCCGAGACAAAGGAAAACAAACCGAAAUUAAAAUGAGCCGAAAUAUUUUUGGUCAAAUACAGGAUUGCUUGUAGGCUUUUAUGGCUGGCAUUAGAUUGAUACUGUGUUUCAGUUGAAAGUGAACACAGUAUAACUCAGGGUAAGAUGGGAGUGACCAUCUUAGCAUUGCAGAAAUGACAUGGGAGGGCCAUGUGAAAAAGAAAGGACACGGGAGGGCCAUGUGGAAAAGAAAGGACACGGGAGGGCCAUGUGGAAAAGAAAGGACACGGGAGGGCCAUGUGGAAAAGAAAGGACACGGGAGGGCCAUGUGGAAAAGAAAGGACACGGGAGGGCCAUGUGGAAAAGAAAGGACAUCGGAGGGCCAUGUGGAAAAGAAAGGACACGGGAGGGCCAUGUGGAAAAGAAAGGACACGGGAGGGCCAUGUGGAAAAGAAAGGACACGGGAGGGCCAUGUGGAAAAGAAAGGAUAUCAGAGGGCCAUGUGGAAAAGAAAGGACAUCGGAGGGCCAUGUGGAAAAGAAAGGACACGGGAGGGCCAUGUGGAAAAGAAAGGAUAUCAGAGGGCCAUGUGGAAAAGAAAGGACAUCGGAGGGCCAUGUGGAAAAGAAAGGACAUCGGAGGGCCAUGUGGAAAAGAAAGGACACGGGAGGGCCAUGUGGAAAAGAAAGGACACGGGAGGGCCAUGUGGAAAAGAAAGGACACGGGAGGGCCAUGUGGAAAAGAAAGGACAUCGGAGGGCCAUGUGGAAAAGAAAGGACAUCGGAGGGCCAUGUGGAAAAGAAAUGACAUGGGAGGGCCAUGUGGAAAAGAAAGGACAUCGGAGGGCCAUGUGGAAAAGAAAGGACAUGGGAGGGCCAUGUGGAAAAGAAAGGACAUGGGAGGGCCAUGUGGAAAAGGGCAUUUCCAGAGCCAGUAAGUCCAAGACAUUCUGUCUAUUAAGAAACGUGUCAUUAUGAACAUUAAAUGUUACAAAUAUUCAGUAUGUAUUUAUUUUCCAAAAUCUAAAAAGAUACAAUUUUGUGUAAGAUUACAAAACGGGGGAUCUCCCUCAUCUUUAGAGGCUUUACACUUGAAAUUUAAUUUAUUAACUCUUGCCUACAGUGUAGGUACCAAACAAUUAAAAUACUUUGAGAACGUGAGAGAUUCCCCCAGUGUUCCAACGAGUCAGUCAGUCAGACUGGUGUCUUUGGUGUCAAACGUGGGAUUCUACUCUCCCCCUCUCUCUCCCUAUAAGGAAACCAUUAUAGGGAUUAGAAUUCAGCCAUGGUUAGAGCUAAGGCUCCUGAAUCAGUGUGGUAUGUAUGGUUAGAGCGAAGGCUCCUGAAUCAGUGUGGUAUGUAUGUGACCUGUGUGCCUUUUCUUCUGAGAGAGAUGACAAAACAAAGGAACUCUUUGAUCUACAAAUAUUACCUCAUUGCUGUUGUAUGAUUCAUUUGAUCAAACAAAAAAGUAAUUUUGUUAAUUUUAUGCUUACAGAAUACAAAUUGAUCGACAUCUUAUUGCUACUGUAGCAUGAGUCUGUACAUAGUAGUACUUUUCUUUUCAAAACAGAAUCCCCCCCAUCCAACACCCCCCUGCAGUAAAAUUAAAACAUUUUUUACACAUAUUUGAAUUUUUGCUUUCAUAUAUGUCCUUUGUCCAGUGCUCUUUUUAAUGAAUAAGUUAUUAUUCUGUUUAGUUCUGUCUUUGCUGUUCUGUGUGUGAGAGGUCGAUUUGUGUAGAUAAAUGCUAUUUAAAUAAUUUAUCAGGGUUCGUUGCCUGAUGAAGGGGGCGUAUCCGUAUGUAUAAACGGUUUGCACACUGACGCAAGGAUGUUCUGGUCUUUAUCGUCUUUACUUUUCGCUUUAUCGCUAUUUUUACGAUUUUUAUCAUUCUUUUCUGUACAAUUUAGUGAUGCUUGUUGUCUGUAAACAUUUUUGCUUAGUUGUACAAUGCAACAAAAAAAAUGCUGUUUUUAUCCAUAGCAAAUAUUUUGUUACAUACUUCUGAAACAAUAAAUAGUUGUUCAAAUCCA